AUGCUAACAAUAUACGUACAAGCAUUCUGUUAUUUUUAGGUUAAACUUCAUAUUCCCUUGCCCAUUCAUGCCCUUCGGCAUGAAAAUACUUUUUGCUCAACACAGACAAAUCCGCGCGAAUUAGGUCGUAUAAUGCAAAUUAUGUAAGUACAUUAAGUCGUAGGGGCUCUAAUCUGUAGCUGGAUAAGGCUUCCACUCAGUGUGUUCACUGUCCAGCCAUGGCGAUAGGCUUUGUUGUCUGUGCUGCUUGGUUCUUCACUAUAUUGGCCGGUUUCUACGUGUUAUACUGCCCAGUUUUGUAUUUGCUGUUCAUCAACCAUGCGAUAUACAGAAAGGCAGUUGACGUCCUCUUUGCUCUAUGGGAGUUGUAUCCAACGGCAUUAUUCCAAUGGUGUUGUAACACCGAGCUUCAUCACUAUGGUGACUAUGUGGACCCCGACGAAACUACCAUCAUCUUCAUGAACCAUCGCACCAGGCUUGACUGGAACUACGUGUGGAUAGCCCUUUACCAUGCCACACAAAAACCCGACUACUUCGAGUGCAUAUGCAAAGGCAACGCCAAAGCUAGCACCGCGGAAAAAGGUUUCCUCAACGCGAUUUCAAGAGGAAAAUCAAAGAUUAAGUAUGUCUUAAAAGAUGAGAUAAAAUGUAUCCCUGGGAUGGGUUGGAUAAUGCAACUAAACUACUUUCUCUAUGUGAAGAGGAACUGGCAGGAGGACCAGCUAAGUCUCUCCCAGUUCGUAGACUACUACAGCAAGCUUCGGUACAACGUCCGUGUGGUACUGUUUCCUGAGGGAACGGACUUGAGUGAGGAGAACAAACGACGUAGCGAGAAGUUUGCCGCUUCUAAGCAGCUGCCGACAUAUGAGUACGUUCUCCACCCGCGUACAACCGGCUAUGUGGCGUUGGUCUCGCGGCUCCGCGCGGCCGGUCUGGCCUCGGUCUAUGACGUCACAGUGGCCUACGACAAGCCGGCGCAGACGGAAAUGGACUUGCUCUGUGGUAGGAUGCCGAAGCGAGUGUUCUUCUAUUUCAAAAGGUACGCCAUCGAAGAUCUGCCACACGAAGAGAACGACCUACGGCUGUGGCUUCAGGAUCGUUGGAGUGAAAAAAAUAGAAGUCUCCAGAGGUUUCAUGAAGAAGGUCUUUUCAUCGACCCUGCUACUAACCACAGUCCAGCACGAAGGCUUCCCCGGUCUCUAGAUGUUGCCAAGUACGGGUUCGCGUUUUGGACUCUCGUUGAUAUUUUCUUCAUCUAUUCCUUCUGUUACAGUAACGUUUUCAAAUUCUGGGUCAUCUACCACAGCUUACUGUUCAUAUUUGUGACAAAAUACUUUGGUGGAUUUCAAAAUAUACAGAGUAGAUUAUUAAAUAAGUAGUUCAAGGUGUGCCUCAAACUUUAGUCUUAGCUGUAAAUUAGCGUUCAACAAAAUAAAUGUUGUAUAUAGUUUA